GGGCCUUUCAGAUCUGUCGAGGAGUUUCAUGGCCAGCUCAUUGCACGGGCUUGCUCGGAGUGGCCCGAAGAUCAGUCGGACUUGAUAUGGCACAAAAUUCGCCAGGUGCAUCCGCGGCCCCAUCGAAUGGUGCUCACCUACAAUGACCUGGGCCCUCAUAACAUUCUCGUCGACAACAAUCUCCACAUCACUAGAAUCGUAGACUGGGAGGUGGCUGGCUGCCUCCCUGAAUAUUGGUGCUUCACGAAGGCCACGUAUCUUCCUGUCUAUUGUAUUCCCCAGGGAAACUGGCUUGCCUUGAUGUUACAAGUGUUCCCGCAGUAUUCGGACGAGCGUGAGGCCGAAAGGUAUCUAUGGAAAUAUCGCCUGCGCUACAUCUAG